AGAGGAAGAAGUAUCGUAGAAACUGCGAAGCGGAAUGUGAGUGCGGGGGUGAGUGUGUUCAAGCGGAUCCGUCAGUCCAAACCCUAAUUUCGUCGCGGGGGCACGGAGUAGAUUGUUUACAGACAGACGCAGUGUAUUGUAUUGUAGUCUUAGGAAACCUGCUGUGGAGGAGAGCAGGGCAGGGGAUGGCGAAGAGGAGGGAGGUGUAGGUGAUUGAAGGGAAUUGAGAGCGGGGAAGGGAGCAAUCUCAGCUGGUUACGAUGAUGGAGGGGCCACAGAUGCAACAGGGCCACGAUUAUCUUCGGGCUCCCCCGGUCCCUGCUGCUACGGCAGCGUCAGCUGCUCCGGCUGAAUUUGGUCGUCCUAAUGUUAUCUUCGAUGGGAAACGGAUGCGGAAACCUGUUCACCGGAGAACUGUCGAUUACAGCUCUACAGUUGUGCGCUAUAUCCAGAACCGGACUUGGCAACGCGAUUGUAGGGAUGCUCCUGCGUUGCAACCUACUUCAGCUGCUGUUGUUGAUAUGCUUCCGACAGUAGCAUACCCUGAUAAUCCAGCGACGAGCUUCACUACCAAGUUUGUGCACCCUUCGACAAAUAAAGUGCGGUGCUCAAUUAAUCGAGUGUUGUGGACGCCAAAUGGACGAAGGUUGAUUACAGGAUCACAAAGUGGAGAAUUCACACUCUGGAAUGGACAAUCAUUCAAUUUUGAGAUGAUUUUACAGGCACAUGACCUUGCAGUGCGAUCAAUGGUAUGGAGUCACAACGAGAAUUGGAUGGUGACUGGUGAUGAUGGCGGUUGCAUUAAGUACUGGCAAACCAACAUGAACAACGUUAAGGCAAACAAAACGGCACAUAAGGAGGCUGUGCGAGACUUGAGCUUCUCAAGUACAGACCUCAAGUUCUGCUCAUGCUCUGACGAUACUACUGUCAAAGUAUGGGAUUUUGCUCGUUGUCAAGAAGAAAGGUCACUUACUGGACAUGGUUGGGAUGUUAAGAGCGUGGACUGGCACCCUCAAAAAGCACUUCUUGUAUCCGGGGCAAAGGACAAUCUAGUUAAACUCUGGGAUGCUAAGACAGGACGAGUACUUUGUACCCUACAUGGCCACAAAAACACAGUACUGUCAGUAAAAUGGAACAGUAAUGGCAAUUGGGUGCUCACUGCAUCUCGAGAUCAAACUAUUAAGUUGUACGAUAUUCGCACUCUGAAGGAAUUGGAGUCCUACCGAGGGCAUCGGAAGGAGGUUACAUCUUUGGCUUGGCAUCCAUUUCACGAGGACCUUUUUGUCAGUGGAAGUUAUGAUGGUAGUAUCAUCCAUUGGCUUGUUGGGCACGAAGGACCACAAGCAGAAGUUGCAAAUGCACAUGAAAGCAGUGUCUGGGACCUGGCUUGGCAUCCGAUGGGUCAUAUUUUAUGCAGUGGAAGUAAUGAUCAUACCACAAAAUUCUGGUGCCGCAAUCGCCCUGGGGAGACCCUUAGGGAGAACAGACAGAGCAAUGCCCAUGCACAAGGAGCUAGUGCAAACGAUUCUCAUUUACAAAGUCAGAACUCAGGUUCAAAUAUUGGUAAUGGUCCUAGUCGUAGCGAAGGCGCUAUUCCAGGUGUGGGUAUGGCAUUGGAGCCAGUGGUGGCUGGAAGGCUGCCGUUGCCUCCUGCUCCAAACCAGAAUCCUAGUCUACGGGGACCUCAUCCACCUUCUACACCUUAUCCGAAUAUGUUUCAACAGCCGCAGCAGCAACAACAGCAUCAAUUUCACCAACACAAUCAACAACAGCCUCAACAAAGGCCUCAAUCACUUCCUCCACCCCCUCAGUCACGCCCGCCACAAAAUCAGGCCCAGCUUCAGCCUCAGCCCCAGUCCCAGCCCCAGCCCCUCCUGAAUAGACCAGUUCAGCAAAGCAUGAUGAUUCCAAAUCAGCACAUGCAGAACCAAAUGAAUUCUCAAGGUCCAACUGCCCAAGGCCCCCCGCAGCAGCUUCGGCCACCUAUGGGACCCUCUCCACCCUUGGGGCCUCCACCUUCCAUGCGUAGUGACUACAUGCAAGGUGGGCCGCAGGGCUAUAUGGCACGGUCUCCGGGUAUUGGAGUUGUACCCGGUCCUUAUAUGACAAUGCCCGGUCAAUUGGUUCCUGGUCCACCCCCUUUGCCUUAUCAGGGAGGCGCUCCACCAAACAUGAUGGAUAUUCGAGCACAUGGUAUGAAUGUAAGCAUGGGCAUGAAUGUGGGAAUGGGUAUGACCAUGAACAUGGGCGUCCCUCAUUCUCACCCAUCUGGGCCUCCUCCAGGCCACGGUUAAAACCGUCCGGUCUACGCCACAAAAGCUCUGUUUGAUAUGGCAUUGAGCACACCCUUGUGAAGCACGUGGAUGAAUGGUCCGCCGGUGAUUGCAUCUUAGUUCAGCAGACAAAAAACUCAACGAGUUCUCACUAUCAAUGUUGGUCUGUGUUGGGCAACCUUUGGAGGUCAUUGUGCAAGUCCCUGAGGAUUUUAAGCAGAUCUAAAGUCAUGUGGUAUUGUAGGGCGCUUGCAUGAUUUUCUGUAGCGGAUGUACCCAAAUAGAAAUGGUGUCUCUUGUGACGAGCCAACCAUGAGCAUUGCAGGGCAACCAGAUAAUUGUGCGUGAACAUUCGAACCGAGACGAAUUGACGGAUUAUCUGCAGUGUACGAGCGUGCAUUACAGAUUAGUUUAGAAAUUGGUCAAGCCCAGGACGUGGUCCUACCAUUUGUCAAAAAGAGGAUCUCUUUCAGUUUUGAGAGUAUCGAAUUCAUCUUCCUGGAUUCUGCACGAUUGUAAAGAUUCUAAGCUAUCUGGUAUUGAAAAUCUUGUACGAUUGGGACAACGAUUAGAUUCUGGGGUUUUCUGCAUGGGUCUUUUUUAUACUUGACUCUCAUGAUUAAUCAAUCAAAACUCUGGGUCCAACUCAGAUUGUUUAUGUUA